AUGGCCACCGAGGCCUCCAUCGCCCUCACCAACCGAUCCCUUCGUACCAUUCGCACUGAACUCGAAUUUCUCGCAGACACAUCCAUCAUCUCGCCAGAGCAACUCUCUUCUAUCCUAGCCCAACUUCCAGCCCAAACGCCGUUGCAUGCUCCCUUGCAGGCUCCCACCAAUGUCUCGACAAACACCCCCGUCGAUCAGUUUUCAAACAUGAGCCUGAAAGAACACUAUGCUCCCGUUCCAACACCUGCCCCUCUUCCUCCUCCAGCAUACGUGCAGACCCCCCAGAUACUGUCAAUUGCAACCGCUCUCUACGCAUACACGCCCACAGACACCGGAGACUUGGCACUGCAACAAGGGGAUCGGAUACAGGUCACAGAGCACAUGAACAACGAUUGGUGGCGAGGUCGAAAUGAACGAACGAGUAUGGAAGGCAUUUUCCCUAGAAGUUAUGUCAAUGUCAUCGACGAGAAACGGCCGCCGAUGGCCCUACCCCAGUCGUCCGACUAUGGCAACUUGCCUCUUCAAGUCAGUCAAACAGGUUCCACCACCAACUCUGAUCCCCGCAAAUACAGCAAACUCGAGGAGCAGGGCAAAAAGUUUGGAAAGAAGAUGGGCAAUGCUGCCAUCUUUGGAGCCGGUGCUACCAUUGGCAGCAACAUUGUCAAUGGUAUAUUUUGA